AUGCGUCGAGCCAUCGCAACAACCCCGGCCUUUGCCGCCUAUGCUAGCGCUCAGAGCACUACUUCUAUCGACAUUGAUGCCAUCUCUGUGGCUAUUCCCACAAGCGUCUACAACCUUUCAAUUGUCUACAUUACCGCAGAGGAUGCACCCGCCAUCACUGCAACCACUGUCGCUGUAACAGCAACCGCUUCAUCUGAUCCUCUUGCAACAAACGUCUUUGACUCGGCUGGCGAUGUCUCGGUCGCUUUGUCAUCUGCUUCUGUACAGGCCACUGCAAGUCCCACCGAUCUUUCGAAGCGCGCAGCUACCUGCGUCCCACAGCCAUCCGGCAUUACCCAUAACUCAUCUCCGGACACUGCAGCUGGGUUCGUUACUGAUACAUACUAUUCUGGGCAAGCAACUCUGGCAACCACUCCAUCUGGCUGGGUCCGAUCUUUCGCAGGCUUGAAUGCUUCCAAUUCUGCUGACCAGUACCUCGGAUUCACUCUUUUGUCAUCAUACGAUGUGGCGACCUGCACGAAUCAAGUGCUCCGCCAUCAAGGGCAGUGGCUCGGUCAACAUCUACUACUAGAGAGACCCGAGCUCCUCGACUGA